CAGCGACAACAUCGUGCGGAGGUUCCUGAACAUCUGUGAGAACACGGAGGGGGCCAUCGCGGUCCACUGCAAAGCUGGUCUGGGAAGAACUGGGACAUUGAUAGCCUGUUAUGUCAUGAAACACUACAGGUUUACACAUGCUGAAAUCAUUGCUUGGAUCAGAAUUUGCCGACCAGGCUCCAUCAUCGGACCCCAGCAGCACUUUCUGGAAGAAAAACAAGCCUCAUUAUGGGUCCAGGGAGACAUCUUUCGAUCCAAACUGAAAAACAGACCUGCCAAUGAAGGAAGUAUAAAUAAAAUUAUCUCUAGCUUGGAUGGCAUGUCUAUUGGUGGAAACUUAUCUAAAUUACAAAACACGGGAAGGUUUGAAGAGAGUAAUUUAGAAGAUGAAGAUGUGGAAAUGAAAACCAACAUAUCUCAGGGAGACAAACUACGCGCCUUAAAAAGCCAGUGGCAGCCCCGCUCCUCACCGUCCUGUGCAUUUCGGUCAGAUGAUAUGAAAGGACCCCAAAGGGAAGUGGCCCAGACUUUCAGAUUAAGUUCUUCUCCACAACCAUCUGUGUCUACUGUGAAGACCCCCAAAGUGUGUUUCCCCCCCUCAGCAACAGCCAAAAGGAUAAACAGAGGUUCUUUGUCUUCAGGAGCAAACACGAGAAGCUUCUCCAUAAACACCCGGCUAGCCAGUUCUCUAGGGAACUUGAAUGCUGUGACUGAAGACUUUGAGAACAAAAAGACAGCCUCACCCACCAAGGCCGCUUUCAUAGCAAGCCCAUUCACCAGCUUCCCCAAUGGUAGCCCCCAGCCACCUGGCAGAAAUUACCCUGAGCUCAACAAUAACCAGUACACCAGAAGCAACAAUGGCAACAUCAGCAGCAGUGGCCUUGGGGGCAACCUGAACAGCUCCCCAGGCCCCCUGAGCCCUAAGCCUGAAGAACACACCACCGUCCUUAGACCUCCCUUCUCGGGGGGGCUUUCUUCCUCCUCAUCGAGAUUCCUGAGCCGUUCUAUACCUUCCCUUCAGUCUGAGUAUGUCCAUUACUAAGGCCCUGCCACUCCCGUGAAGGCGACUCCAUUCUUAGACAUCUGGACAUACACUGUGCAAUGUGGAGGAAGCUGCCUGUCUGGAGGAUGUCUUAAUUAGAGAGAGUGCUAACGUAGCACCAUCGAGAGACUUGAGCACUGGCUAAUGACUACUAUAAAUGCACUGUAACGAUGUUUAUGGAGAUGUCCAUACUUGUAAAGACAGUUCUAGUGUUAAAUUUGGUAUUUGAAAAGGUUAUUUUUAAUGUAUUUCAGUAAUGCAUUUGUUACUGCGUUUCCAUGUACAGUGUUACAUUAUAUAUGUAUCGUGAACUUUAUAAAAGACUAUUUUGAUAAUUUUAUAAAUAUAUAAAAUUAUGUAAAAGCUAGACUAUAUUUUGGUUUAGAUUUUCCUGCUGUUUGCUACCAAAAGAUUUGUAUUUUAAAUUUGUUUAGCUUUAGUAUGGCUUUGUCUACAGUGAGUAAAUAAUUCUUCUUUAUGUAGUGACAGUGAAGGGAGCACAUUUCUAGGAAGUGAUUUUGAUGUUCCACUAUGAAUUCAGUAGAUCAGGGCAUUCUCUGCUGAAGUCGGUCUGAAUAAGAGUCUAUCCAAAUUUAUCUCUAUCAAGAGUGGGGUUGUUUGAUAGGGUUUUAUUUAGGAAAACACUUUUUCCCUUCAGUUUCGUUCUUGAGUCUUUUAAGUAGGAGGCUUAAAAACAAAACAAAAAGACCCUAGCAUUUCUUUAAGAUCAGAAUUCACUGGGCGUUUCUUCUAAAAGCAUGAUUUUUUUUCUCUCUAUGAAAUGACAGAACAUUCCAAAUGCUUUUAUUUCUCUUCUCCUCUCAUGAGUGCUUUAAAAAAAUGCCUUACGUGUUUUAUUUUGCUUAUACCUUUUUGUAAAUAUGCAAAGGAAGGAUACAGAUUUUGAGACCCAUGUCUACAGUUCAAAAGAACGCACUCAGUAAAUGUACAGCUGGUAGAGAUCAAAAAGCACUUCAAAAGAGUUAAUAACUCAGAACAUUUUGUUCUUGGUACGAGGUGGUCACUCUGCGCUGUAAGCAAGCAUGGUCCGAUGUCGGUUUUAAAGCGAUGAAGGAAUAAACCGGAAAAACGCUGCUCAGUAGAUAGAUCUGUACACUAAAGGAGACAUUUUGGUGGAAGCACAUCCUCCUGAAUGUGCGCCUGGGUCUGUCUGGAACCGGAUGAGAAACCGGAAGGACCCCUGGGGGAAUGCUCAGCCCUUCCAUGUAAGUUUCCGGAAGCCUGUUGGCUUCUUGUCUUUUUGAGAUAGAGAUUCUUAGACACUGAUUCUCUUCCAGGCUGCUUGAGAACGGGCAGGGACUGGUUAGAUGGAUUCAGACAAGGUGCUUCAUUCAACUGUUGAGUUAUUUAUAAUGUAUUUAUCAGGAGGGGACAUACUCAGACUGUUCUACAUGCUUCAGCAAGACACCCUGCUCCUGUUUUAUGCUUUUCAAAUGAUAUUGGAAUGAAUGUUUGACUCAGGUUUGUUAACACAGUUUCCCAGAACUGCAGUACCAAAAUAUGGCACUCACCUGAUGGAAAGCUGAAUUAUAUGUUGUAAGAAUUAAAAGCAUAAAGAACACUUAAAUUGUGUAUCUUUUCCAAAGUUGAAGAAGUGAAGUAUUUUAUUAUGAGUUAUUAUUUUAAAAUGUUGGUUCAUAGUAUAGGGAGAGAAUACUGUUUCUUUCAGAUUAUCGUAAAGGAGUGAUAGAGGUGACAUUUGAGAUGUGGCGAAGAGAACCGUAUUAUCAUUUUUAGUUGUUCUAUGAACACUAACGAGUGCAGCUACUAAAGUGAUUGUAAAGUUGACUACUGUAAAGUUUCCAUGAUUACAUGUGUAUAUACGUCAUAUGUGUCUACAUGUGUAUGUCUUAAGCUUAUUUAUACACAUGUGCAUACAUAAGGCACACCAAGAAGGGGAUGUAUAUAUUAUAGAGACUAUAUAGCAGAGAGAUUCUCCACUUAUAAUAAAAAUUGUUUGCCAUGUAUUUUGUUAUGAAUAGUUUAUCUUCCAGAAGAUAUUUUGUUCUAUUUUGAAGUGUAGA